AUGUCGGUUCAAGCUUUAAACGCACAGUACUUAUACUAUCUCCUCAAGUAUCCACUUUUAACCAAGUCGAUAACUUCAGGGAUUCUCAAUGGAUUGAACGAAAUAGUAUCAUCUGUUCUCACAAAUGAAUACCAAGAAACAUCCAUUUUUGGCAUGAAAGUGAAACACAUAUUCAGUCUGAAAUUGUUGAAAAUGAUUAUAUACGGAAGCUUGAUUUCAACGCCAAUAAGUCACAAUAUGUAUUCAGUGAUAAACAAAAACUUUAAAGCUCCAUUAACUCCAAAACAAAAAGUGUUACAACUUCUUACUUCCCUUUUAACGGUUACUCCUACAUUAUCAGUAUGUUUUGUGUCUUGGAUCUCAUUAAUUAACAAUUAUGCUCCUACAAAGGGGACCAACAUCUGUGGCGAGUUGAAAAGAAUAGUAUAUACUAUAAAAAUGGGAUUGAAAAAAGGAUUGCCUCCAGUAUUGAGAUCUUCAUUGGUCACCUCAUUUUUAGCCUUGAUUGCUGCUCAAAAAUUUGUUCACCCGGACUUAUGGGUGGUUUUCUUUAGCUUGAUAUAUUUCGUAUUGGGCACCUUCCAAAACACAAAGUUAAAGAGAUUGCAAAAGCAACAAAAAUUAAAGGAGUUGGAUAAAAAGGAUAUAUAG